GACCGUACCAGAGCCCGUCUUCUCUGACCGUACUUGGCUUGAUGCGAACUUGUGUAUUGGAACAGUACUUGGGCCGCGCUAGAUGACGUUUCACAAGUUCACGAGGACACAAGUACAGAGAAGUUCACAUAUUGAGAAACGGCCCUGAGGUUGUAGAGCGGUCCUACGUUAUUUCCGCAGUCGUGCAGCGGUGUGCGCGUCCACAUCCUCCUCCCCAUCCUCACGCCCCGCCUUGCCACUGAGGAAUUAGUUCAUUUUUUUUUUUUUUUUCAGCCAUUCAUUUCUAUUUUUCUGUCACAUGGUUCUCUCUUGGUGCAAUGUGAGCUGUCGACAUAUUGGCUGCGACGCGUUUUAAAAUGAUGGGGAUUUAAAAAAAAGAGGGGACGAAGCAUAGGGGACUCCGCAUCUUUCUCUCCGCAUCUCUUCAGGGGAUCAUGCAACACCUUAAGCCAUGGCGAGCUCUGCUCCUCUUAACCGCACUGUGCCAACCAGGGCUCUCAGACAAAUACGGUUGUCUGUUUGAGAGAAAGCUGUGCACAAGGGAUCAGUUCUGCUCAGAUGAUGGGCUGUUUGGUCAUUGUCGUACCUCUAAGCAGGACCUGGUCCAGUACCAGGUGUCAGUUCCUGUUCUGAAGAGGAUGCAGGAAGUCCUCAAACAGCUCAUGCUACAAGGUCUUUCCUGGCAAGACGACAUCACCCAGUAUAUUUUAUCAAAGGAGCUGAAGAGAGUUCCCCAUACCACCCAGUCUAAGCCAAACUCCUCCCCCUCCUCUUCUCAUUCAUCUCAGUCCAAACAGAACAUCCCCCAUCACCACAGUUCUAAGUCGGGGUCCGCACCUCCUGGUGGCAACUAUGUGGACUAUAUGAUUGUCGAGCCUCCUCAGUCUCCACUCCGCAUGCAGACAGCCCCGAUGGACCCAUAUGCAUACCCCCAGCAUAGGUAUCAAGAAGACGUAGAGCGAUCCCUCAUUGGAGGAGGAGUUGGUUAUGCCCGCCCUUCCUCAAGGUCCCAGGCCAAUCAAAGAGAGCGAGAGCGUGACAGGCAGCUGCUACAGGAAGCAUUGUCUCUAUACCUGGCGUCUGCUCAGCCUUCUUAUCGCCAGCGAGGGGCCGCUUCCAUGUCUCGUGCAGGAGCAGGUCUGCCUUACUAUGAGGACCUGGAACUGGAGAUACCAGUGGAUUAUGUGGAAGACUACACCCUAGAGGAGAGACUUGGUACUGCUGGCAGACAACAAACACAGCAGAAUAAAAAAGUUCCCCAGGAGAUCAGCACUCUGUCUGGAAACAAUGACGACCUUCUCCAGAGGAUGUCAGGAGUCUUGAAGAGGUACGGAGUUGACCCUAGAGAGCUCAGCCAACAGCAGCUCUACAAGCUGGCCCUCAUUCUGCAGCUGAUACAAGCCCAAGAAAAAACAGAUCCAAUUGAGAAAGACCUCAUCACCCUCAAGGAGAUGCAGCUAUUGAAAACAGACAGUGUGUCCCAUAAGCCGGAGAAGCCCGCCCCUGUUCCUCGUCCCCCUAAUGCCCCUCCUGCACCCACCUCUACCUCAGUCCAAGCUACACCUCAAGCCAAGAGCGCCAGCCUCCUCCCUUCUGCCUCCCUGCCUCCGAAGGUCAACCCUCCUGAAGGUGGACAAGGCUUAAAGGAUCAGGGGCUGCCGGUGGUUGAGGGCACAGGAGCCAAGGAGGAGUAUGGGUACAUAGUCACCAACCAGAGUCCUUUGAGUUUGUAUAACGGAGUGAAGCUGUUGGAGCUACUGGCUGAUAAGAUACACCUGACAACCAGCAGCUUCAUCAACAUCAGUGUGGUGGGCCCUGCUCUGACAUUCCGCAUCCGCCAGAAUGACCACAACAUGACGGCUGCAGAGGUGGCUGCUAAAGCUGUAACUGAAAAGAACUUCCUGGAGUCUGAGACAGGCUUGAAGAUUGUGCAGACUGGUGUGGGAGAGAGGACAGAUACACGGGGUCUACCCCAGGUAACCAGGGUUUCCCAGGGCUCCAGUGGCACAGUCAUCACCCUUGUUUCAAUGGCAGUCGUUGGAGGUGUGUUGGUAUUGGCCAUGGCCGUAGCCUGUCUCAGGCACCACACUCAGCAGGUGGCCAAUGGCAAGCUUGGACUGGGGCCAGAGGGAGGAGCAGAAACUCACUUUGACUACCAGGAGCUGUGUCGCCAGCACAUGGCGUCCAAAUCCUCCCUGUGCCGCCAGGACUGUGUGGCUGGUGUGAGCAGCAUGGCGGGUUCUGCCAUAGGCACGGGUGCUGGCGGUCGACGGGGUACAGACACGUCCCGUGUCAGCAGCGUUUCCUCCCAGUUCAGCGACGGCCCCCAGCACAGCCCGUCCUCCACCCACAGCUCCACCCCGUCCUGGAGCGAAGAGCCAGCCCAGUCUAACAUGGACAUCUCUACUGGUCACAUGAUACUGGCUUAUAUGGAGGACCACCUGCGUAAUAAGGACCGCCUUCAGAGGGAGUGGGAGGCUUUGUGCUCCUACCAGGCUGAUCCCAGUUCAGUGGCCGUGGCGCAACUCCCGAGCAACAUGGACAAAAACAGACAUGCUGAAUCUCUCCCCUAUGAUCACACUCGGGUGAAGCUGAAGACUGAAGUAAAUCACAAUAAACAGGACUACAUCAACGCCAGCAGCAUUUUUGAUCAUGACCCUCGUCAGCCAUCUUAUAUCGCCGCACAAGGACCACUGGCUCAUACUGUCGCUGAUUUCUGGCAGAUGGUGUGGGAGAACGGCUGCACGGUGAUAGUGAUGAUGACAGCUCUGGUGGAAGAUGGAGAGAAGCAGUGCGAGCGAUACUGGCCCGAUGAGGGCUCAUCACUCUACCACAUCUAUGAGGUGAACCUGGUGUCAGAGCACAUCUGGUGUAAAGACUUCCUGGUGCGUAGCUUCUACCUGAAGAACGUCCAGACGCAGGAGACCAGAACCCUGACCCAGUUUCACCUGCUGAGCUGGCCGGCUGACGGCACCCCCACCUCCACCCGACCGCUUCUGGACUUCCGCAGGAAGGUGAAUAAAUGCUACAGAGGUCGUUCCUGCCCAAUCAUCGUUCACUGCGGUGAUGGCACUAGCCGGACUGGCGCGUACAUCCUCAUUGACAUGGUGCUGAACCGCAUGGCCAAGGGAGUGAAAGAGAUUGACAUCGCAGCCUCACUGGAGCACAUCAGAGACCAGAGACCUGGCUUAGUCCGCACCAAGGACCAGUUUGAGUUUGCGCUGACAGCAGUAGCCGAGGAAGUGAAUGCCAUCUUGAAAGCCUUGCCACAGUGAGCUGAGGACGCAGUGGGGACAUCCGCAGGCACACAGAAAGAAUUACUCAUGUAUGUCUGGCCGUCACUGUAAAUAAGAAUUUGCUCAACCACACUUGGAGCAGUUACUGCUCUUGUUUUCAGCAUGCAGUAUUUUACCAUCUACUCAUUCUCUGGGUUUAUAAAACUUUUUGGAACUUAAUAAAAUUAUUUUUGGCAGGAUGUACAUAUGGACAGAAGAUCAAAUCGUUUUACCAAUACGGCACAAAUUUGAUCUUUUCUCUCUGAAGUUUCUACCGAAUUAGACAACAUGUCAACUACAAAGGGUGAUAUACUGUGACCUUUAACUUUUUUGCCCGAGUCUGACAGGAUAGAAUGCACUUCUGUUGAUGGUUGUAAUGACAAAGUGUAACAUUGUCUACCUAUGGACUUCCAUUUGAUUCCAUCCUUGCUUCAUCUUCCCUUUUACUGGACAUGAUGACAUGAUUACCUCAUAUGAUCAAUCAAGAUGAUUUACCACCAACACUGAGGUUUCAUUUGGCUGUUAUGUUGAACAAUACAAUUCUCUUGGUAUAUUGUUUAAAUUCUUUCACAAACUUGUCAAAUUUGUAAGAGCUCAAUCUGGCUUGUACACAACAAGGUUUCAAUUAAUUUUAACUCUCCGAGUGUGUUGUAACUGUAUGCUACCGUCUAGUGUGUGUUGAUCUCCAGCAGGUUUUUAUUUGUGAGGCUUGUCUUGUCUGCCAUGACAACAUGAUGUUUUGCUUUAAUCGCUGGUCCUGUUAGUUGCUAUGGAUUCUGUACGUUGAUCACCAAGUACACCUCGCCUUCUCUCGCUCUUUCUGCACACAAAGUACCUUUGUUUGGGUUCUUUUAUUGUCCUACUCAGUGUACGACCUUGUGAUUAAUGUAAAUAAUUCCUCCUGAUGAUUGUGUUUAUUUCAUGUAGCAGACAGAUAAUAUAAGAAAAUAUCUAUAAAAAAUGUAUUUUUAUCUUGACCUGAAUAAAUUUGUGAUGUGA